AGCUGUUUUGCCCCGAGAGCCCCUGACUGUUCAAAGUUCAGCAUCUCGUGAGUCAUGUAUACGGACAUUCGGGAUGGAGCAUCUGCAGGCGCUUGUCAGGUCGUUGCGCGACGGCGCCGCGGGCAGUUGCGCAGCGCAGGUCGCCGCGGCCGUUGCGGCCGCGGUCGUCGAUGACGCAGACGCUCUUGCGUGGGAGCUCCUUAUCAUAGGUUACCGCGCACUCGAUGCCGUCGACGACCAGCAGCUUGAGGUUGCGACAACGGCGUCUGCCGUCGCGGCGCUCUCCGCCCUCGCGGAGCGGGCGGCCACGAGGCGGGGCGGGGACCGCCGGCCAGGGGCGGCGCUGGUCGGCGAGGGGUGGCCCCGGCCCGACGGUGUGCGGGUCGACGCGUGGGGAGUCACGUUGCUCGCGUGCGCGCUGGAGGCAGCAGGGGGCCAAGACUCGGCGACGCGGAGGAGGGAGCCUUCGCUGGAGUGACCCUCCGGUGCUGGCGGUCCCCCAUGGGGUCCCCCGACCGCUGAGCGCGAUGCGCGCGAUCGUGUUUGGCUCCCCCGCGGCCUUCAAAAAGCCGCGCACCAGAGGUCACUCUUGCCUAGGCUCCAUCUUGUGUGCAGCCGAGAGACUCGAAGAAGAACAGCGGCAGACACAAAACAGAAGUCAGAGCUCCGCGCGGAUUUCGCGGAUCUGCGCUGGAGCCCCCCGGCGGCGCCUCCGCCCUUGGCGCGCUCCGCGCGCCAGGGAGGAGGGCUCAACGCAGAUCCAAGACAUCCGCGCGGACCUCUGAACGUUCAUGUUUAUGUCGUGUUCCUUCCUGCAAAGACGAAGGGCUGCAUCGGCUGCUCUCUGCCAUGGCUCUGAUCGGCACACCGCUUCUCUCUUCGCGAGGCUACAUCGGCCCCCAGCGCUUCGUCAAGCCACUCGAUCGCGUCCAUCGGCGACUGGGCAUGCGACGAAAAACGCUGCGGAAGAAAGACGGCGAGGGAUCCUGCCGCAUUGCAGGCGACGUGAAGGCCAUGGGCCUGCAGCAGCAGCAGCGGCAGCAGGAGAAGCACACUUGCCUUGACUCUCUUCCAGGACCUCCUGCCCGAGAGAUGCCGCGAGGAUGCCCACAGGCGGCGCUGGCUGGCCGACGAUCCAGUGAGCAGGGCGGGCGCCACUCGCGACAGCAUGCUGCGAAACAGGCAGGGCGGCAGAGCCGGCUCGCGACCCGUCUUGCACAGGGCGCCAGGCCGGGAGCGGCGAUGGCCGACCGUGCUGCCUUGCUCUCCAGCCGCCUGUGGGCUGAGGUGGUGGCACCGGCCAUGAUGGGCCAAGAGGGCGCGGCGCUGACGCCCUCGAGCUCAGAGAAGAAGGCUCUGCGCCAGUUCUUUGUCAAGGCUGUGAAAGAGGACGUCUCUGAGACCCACGUCACCAGUGAGGUUGCGCGGCCAUACGCGUUGGACAAGUGGGCGGCUCGCUGUGACAAGCAGUGUUGCGCCUUGCUGAGCUUGGCGGAUAGUGCUCGUUGGCCCCACGCUGAGCUUGGGGACACGCUGCGUGUGGCAUCUGUUGGCGGUGGCCCUGGCAACGACGCGUAUGGCACGUUUGUUUUUGCCACACUUUUGCGGCGCUGGUGCAAAGUCGAGGCCGCGGUCUUCGACUUCAGUUCCGCUUGGCAGCCUUUGUGCGACGCCAUUGCCGAACCGAGCGUUCUUGCUGACUGCGCUCUGCUCCUUGCUGGGGAGAUCAACGAUCGUGCGGGAGAUCAGGAAAGCCGCGUUCCAUGUGAGUACACCCUCGGCUUCCAUUUGGCUGAUCUGCGGGCGCCAGCCAGCGCAGCUGUGAACGAGAAGUUGCUUGAAGCAGCACCUGAUAUGGAUCUCUUCUUGUUUUCCUUCGUAGUGAGGGAGUCGCAGGCAUGCAGGUAUGAUUUGUUGCCGACCUUGUUUCGACGCAGCCGGAAGGGUGCUGCGUUCGUAUUCUUGGACAUGCAUGUUACCGAUUUGGUACCAGUGCAGGAACUCGUUGAAAGAUUGCAAUGUCAGGAAACACAGAACUUCGUUUUCACUGGUGACGAUGUCCAGUACAAGUGCUCAUUCGAGAGUGUCCGCUUGGGAUGCUCUGAGCAGUACCCAUUCUUUGGCUUAGCUUUUCUGAAAGUCAGUUAGAUUAGGUAGAUCUGCGCAUGCGUGCCACUUGAAAGUUGGCGCUCUUGUAUUCCCGUCUUGCAAUUCCUCGCCAGACAAUACACAGAGCGUGAAUUACCUACCCCGCUUUCGCUUCCAGGCAAAACCAAGCCAUACCACCCGCCUCCUCGUCAAGCGGCCUGACCAGUACAGGCCGCAAUUUGGCAUCGUUUGGUAUCUCUUGGAAGCGAGGGUGGUCAAAAGCGAGGUAGGUUUGUUUUCCCUCUAAAUACACUCGACAAGUACCCAGGAACGCACCC